UUUCAGGAGAAAAAUACCUUUUAAUUUGCACACAAGUGCACAUUUUAAACAGCUGUCAUGUGUUAAGUCACACAAGGCCUCAACUCAGCAUGCAUAACCCUGAAUUUCCAAUGGAAGCGCAGCGGCAGCCGUUCGCAGUCCAACAAUCCCCACCGCCGUUCUGUUGCGGCUCCGACGUGCAGUGAAAUAGCGCAGACUUUUACGAAAUCCCGCAAAUCCAGGCGUGAUCAUGUAUUGAGGGGAGUUGUAGUAAAGCAAACCACAAACAGUUUAUUUUGCUGCACGCACACACACACACACACACACACACACACACACACACACACACACACACACACACACACACACACACACACACACACAGACACACAUUCUUGUAUUUGUUACCUUCUUGAGACCUCUGAAAAAUGCCUACCUCCUUAGUACCACCCUUUCUAGAUAUAUAAAGAUUUGUAUUUACAACAUCAGAUAUACAAACUAUGCCAAUAUAAAAAAGCUUGUUGUGAAAAAUGAGUUGGAAUUUCAGAAGAAAAACUAAGAAUUUUGGCAGUAUUAUAAUAAGUCGUAAUUUUAGUCAUUUAGUCAAUUUACAAGAAAAACUGAACAUUUCUGCAAUGUUAUGAUAAAAGUUGGAAUUUUACUCUAUAACAGUCACAAUUUUACAAGAAAUGCUUAGAAUUGCAAUUUUAUUUCUCUGACGCAGCGUUUGUCUUGGUGAUGAAGAUGUGGCAAUGCUGGUACAUUAAGCACCGGCCAAAUUGAUGUGGGAUUUGAUUCAAAGGGACUUUCUUUUGUCAAAAAAAAAAAGAAUGUCCUACUUAGAGAGAGGCACAACUGCAACCCAACGUGCUGAUUCCAGCUGGUGCUGCUCUGAAUUACAUUCACCUCCCCCUCUGUCGCCUUUCCCCUUCAUCUCUGUUUGCUCCUCCUCUUUGAGUCAGUGCAGAAGAUUCCCUUUUUCCUCCUCCUCCUCAGGUUUGUGACCCUCGUCCUCCCUGCGUCAGACAGCUCCAUUCAUGAAAAGUGUGACGUGAGCGGGUCUGUGACGCUGCAACCCACCCACUCACAGCCCGGGUGCUGCCUAAGCUACAGGAAUGCCUGUCAUUCUCCAGCCUCUGACUCGCCCUCUUUCUGCUUUUUCUCCUGCUAUUCUUCUCCCUAACCGGUGCUUAAUUUACCAUCUUGCCUUUUUUUAACCUCCCCUGCUUCAGAACUGAAGAAGGAAGCAUGAAACCAAGCUCGGUCCUACGUGAUUCAACUUCCCUCAAGCUAGAGUGUUAGGACCACUCCUCAUCAAGUGUACGCAGCCCAUUUUGAUGCAUGACACCAUGGGUAGUUCCCCUGAGGUGCUCUCAUGGACUUCCUGCCCCAGCAUGUUGGUGGGCAAGCUAAAGGAGGAGCUUAAGCUCAGCGUGGUUGGGGACUCCAUGAAGAAAUCAAAUGCACCAAACUCUCAAGCGCAGCCUCCUCCGCCCCCUCCUUCGAUAUUGCCCCCUCAGAUAAUUACUGACUUGGCGCCGCCAACGCACCUGUCCGUGCCCCAGCAGACGCUACAACCGCCCAACCAGGACGAAGACUCUGUACUCGGGGGCCUAAGUCCCCAAAACACGGCUUUGAGCGUUGACUCUACGCGGGGUGAGGGGGGCCACUUUGACAACAGUGUGCUCCAGCUGCAGGAGCAGGACCACGAGGAAGCCCAGUCACCAGCCUCCUGUGAGCAUGGGGGCUGCGGGAGCGGAAUGGAAGACCAGACAGGUGAUAGGGACUGUCAAAUGGACCACAACAUCGAGGGAAGACAAAGUCAUCACCCCGAUGACAUCAAGCUACACUUCCACAGAGCGGGGCCUGGGUCAGGCGGCUUCCUGGAGGGACUGUUUGGCUGUCUUCGGCCAGUCUGGAACAUCAUAGGAAAGACGUAUUCCACCGAAUACAAGCUCCAACAACAAGACAUGUGGGAGGUUCCAUUUGAGGAAAUCUCAGAGUUGCAGUGGCUGGGUAGCGGCGCCCAGGGAGCCGUCUUUCUUGGCAAAUUCCGCUCUGAAGAAGUAGCCAUCAAAAAGGUGCGCGAGCAGAAGGAGACGGACAUCAAGCACCUGCGAAAACUCAAGCAUCCUAAUAUCAUCAGCUUCAAGGGUGUAUGCACGCAGGCGCCUUGUUACUGCAUUAUCAUGGAGUACUGCGCUCAAGGCCAGCUCUACGAGGUGCUGAGAGCAGGACGGAAAGUGACCCCCAGGCUGUUGGUGGACUGGGCCUCAGGCAUUGCCAGCGGCAUGAACUACCUGCACCUUCACAAGAUCAUCCACAGGGAUCUCAAAUCUCCCAAUGUUUUGGUCACCCACAACGACUCUAUGAAAAUCUCCGACUUUGGGACAUCCAAAGAGCUAAGUGACAAAAGUACAAAGAUGUCAUUUGCCGGUACGGUGGCCUGGAUGGCGCCAGAAGUGAUCAGAAAUGAGCCUGUGUCUGAAAAAGUGGACAUCUGGUCAUUUGGAGUUGUGUUAUGGGAAUUACUAACUGGAGAGAUCCCCUACAAAGAUGUGGACUCCUCCGCUAUCAUUUGGGGUGUCGGCAGCAACAGUCUUCAUCUCCCAGUGCCCUCCACCUGCCCGGAUGGCUUUAAAAUCCUCAUGAAACAAACAUGGCAAGGCAAACCCAGGAAUAGACCAUCUUUCCGUCAGAUCCUCCUGCACCUCGACAUUGCUUCGGCUGACAUUCUGGGAGCUCCUCAAGAGACCUACUUCAAGUCUCAGGCUGAAUGGAGGGAGGAAGUGAAGAAACAUUUUGAGAAGAUCAAAAGUGAAGGCACAUGCAUUCACAGGCUGGACGAAGAGCUGAUCAGACGCAGGCGGGAUGAACUCAGGCAUGCGCUGGACAUCCGGGAACACUAUGAGAGGAAACUGGAGAGAGCCAACAACCUGUACAUGGAGCUCAGUGCCAUCAUGCUGCAGCUGGAGGUGCGAGAGAAAGAACUCAUGAAGAGAGAGCAGGCUGUGGAGAAGAAAUACCCAGGGACUUACAAGCGCCACCUCGUCAGGCCCAUCGUGCGGUCAAACGCAGUAGAAAAGUUGAUCAAGAAAAAAGGAAGCAUUUCUCACAAACCUGGGAUGCCCACUGCCAAAAGGCCUGACUUGCUCCGUUCUGAUGGGAUACCGAGUGUGGACGCCCUCCCUUCCCCCUCACCGUUGUCCGCCAGCCCAAAAAUCUCCACCCCUCCUGGCAAAUCCCGCUACCGAAGCAAGCCCCGCCAUCGCCGCGCCAAUAGCAAAGGAAGCCAUAACGAGUUCCUCGGGAUGCUGAAACCUGUCGCAGUGGUGCCAGAAGAUGCCCGGUCGUUACAGGAGCUAACUCAUCAGCAUCACCACCAUCACCUGCCACUGCCUCCCGCAGCGCCCCAGCUCCCAUUGAAGGGCCGCGAAGAGGCCGUGGUGAACUGUGCCAAUAACCUGCGUUAUUUUGGGCCUGCUGCCGCCCUCCGUAGCCCCCAGACGGAUCACCUGCAGCGCCGGGUUUCCGGUUCCAGCCCCGACCUGAUCUCCACGGUGGUGGAUGCAGACUCACGACAGCGGGCCUCAUCCACGAGCUCCAAUCCUUUACCAGGUACUGGUGCUGGGUCUUUGUGUCCCUGUUGCCAGGCACACCCCUUGCCUGGAUGCCUUCACUGUCAGGAAGCCCUUCCUGCACCCGGCCAGCCAGAGCUACUCAAUUCUCAAGAAGGCACACAGUCGUCUUUGGGGGCUCCUAAGAAAGAUCCAGGUUUUGAUGAUGAUGGAGACGUCGCGAACAAGGCAGAGGCCCGGAAACAGGAGGCCUUCCAGAAUCCACACGCCCUUCCGACCGCACUUCCCCGCACACUCAGACCUCUGAGGAAGGGUGGUGAUGAGUCAUCUGAAGAGGAGGAAGGAGAGGUGGACAGUGAGGUGGAGUUUCCAAGGAGACAGAGACCUCAUCGCUGUAUGAGCAGCUUCCAGUCCUACUCCACCUUCAGCUCGGAGAACCUGUCCGUGUCUGACGGAGAGGAGGGAAACACCAGCGACCACUCCCACAGCGGACCACUGGAGAGGCUAAGCGCCAGCCAGGAGGAGCAUCUGGACGAGCUGCUGUCGCACACGCCGGACAUCCCCAUAGACAUCUCCACCCAGUCAGACGGCUUGUCUGACAAGGAGUGUGCCGUCCGGAGGGUAAAGACCCAGAUCUCCUUGGGCAAACUGUGCUCGGAUGAACACAGCUAUGAGAAUCCUCUUCAGUUUGGGGAUUCAGACUGUGACUCGUCCGAAGCAGAGUGCUCAGAUGCCACCAUUCGUAACAACAAAGGAGCUCCUUCCUCGUGGUAAAUCCACACUUUAUCUUAUUUUUUUUAAAUAUAAUUUAGCUUUUGCCUGGAACCAACUGCGUCCCAAUGGGUACUGCAGAGACGACAGCAAUAAGAGGACAAUGAUGUACAAAAAAAAAAAAGAACAAAUCCUUGUAGCAAUCUCAACCAGAGGUCCCCUUCCUUCUUCCCCCCAUGCCUUCAUACCUUUACCUUCAUGCUCAGCACAGCAUUCAGGCAAGUCAUGGCAGGGAUUCCCUAUCAGAAUGAAACUGCACAGGUGAUAAUGUAACAUUUAUGAUUUAUUUUUCAAUUCUGAGGGACAAUUCAGGACGUCUGUGUGACGAAAAGACUCGUCAGGAGAAACAUUUUGCACGAUUUCCACAUUGUGGUUUGAAACGGAGAUGCACGGACGUAUUGAAGCGCUGAUCGGUUUAAGGCCGACAGCGAUUACAUCACUGUUAAUCUCUCAGGUGACCCAGAUGGGGAGCAUCACUACCAUCUUCGUUGUAUUGCUUUACAAAUCCAAAAUUGGCACACAGCGCCCUCUGGUACCAAAACAUCAUCGCCUGGUUUUAUUAUGAGUUUACAUCGCAGAGAGCAGGUCCCGCCUCCAACCAGAACAAUGGCGGGGGUGCCACACAGCGAGCAUUAUAAACACCAGCAUGACCAACCUGCCUCGUCGUCGGACUCCAUUAUGUGUCAUCGGGACCCUUGCUGUGACUUCCCCACGGCAUGCAUGUGCAGCCUGCAACGUGCAAUACGCUGCCAGAAGACCGCAUUGGGCGGAGCAAGCUAUGAUUGAAGAUAUCCUUUUCAAGUCUCCUCUCAGGAAUUGUUCGAGGACCGGUGCAAACUGGACUGGGCCAAUUACUGUACAGUACAGGCCAAAAGUUUGGACACAUCAUCUCCUCAUUCCAUGCGUUUUCUUUAUUUUCAUGACUGUUUACAUUGUAG